GGGCGGCGUGGAAUCCGCAUCCGCCGCGAGUGUGAUGAAGCUGCCCUGCCUUGCUGCUCCGCUCGCCGCCAGCUGACACCGCCCGCAUCCAGCCCGCCCGGGAGGGGAGACGCCGUGGGGCCGUGACCUUGGCGGAGGAGGGCAGACUGAUAAUUCCUGUAUCUGAGAGUGGACCAAGUUUUGGGUGACAUGGCGCAGGGGAAUAAUUAUGGGCAGACCAGCAACGGGGUGGCCGAUGAAUCACCCAACAUGCUGGUGUACAGAAAGAUGGAAGACGUCAUAGCACGUAUGCAAGAUGAAAAAAAUGGAAUUCCUAUCCGUACGGUCAAAAGCUUUCUUUCCAAGAUACCUAGCGUCUUCUCUGGUUCAGACAUUGUUCAAUGGUUGAUAAAGAACUUAACUAUAGAAGAUCCAGUGGAGGCGCUCCAUUUGGGAACAUUAAUGGCUGCCCAUGGUUACUUCUUCCCAAUCUCAGAUCACGUCCUCACACUCAAGGAUGAUGGCACCUUUUACCGGUUUCAAACACCCUAUUUUUGGCCAUCAAAUUGUUGGGAGCCGGAAAACACAGAUUAUGGUCAGUGCCAUCUCUCCUCAUUUUAUUAUUGGCAGCCUCUGUGUCCAGAUGCUGUUUACCUCUGCAAGAGAACAAUGCAAAACAAGGCACGACUGGAGCUCGCAGACUACGAGGCUGAGAGCCUGGCCAGGCUGCAGAGAGCCUUUGCCCGGAAGUGGGAGUUCAUUUUCAUGCAAGCAGAAGCACAAGCAAAGGUGGACAAGAAGAGAGACAAGAUUGAAAGGAAGAUCCUUGACAGCCAAGAGAGAGCGUUCUGGGAUGUGCACAGGCCUGUGCCUGGAUGUGUAAAUACUACUGAAGUGGACAUUAAGAAGUCAUCCAGAAUGAGAAACCCCCACAAAACACGGAAGUCUGUCUAUGGUUUACAAAACGAUAUUAGAAGCCACAGUCCUACCCACACACCCACACCAGAAACUAAACCUCCAACAGAAGAUGAGUUACAGCAACAGAUAAAAUACUGGCAAAUACAGUUAGAUAGACAUCGGUUAAAAAUGUCAAAAGUCGCUGACAGUCUACUAAGUUACACGGAACAGUAUUUAGAAUACGACCCGUUUCUUUUGCCACCUGACCCUUCUAACCCAUGGCUGUCUGAUGAUACCACUUUCUGGGAGCUUGAAGCAAGCAAAGAACCGAGCCAACAGAGGGUAAAACGAUGGGGUUUUGGCAUGGACGAGGCAUUGAAAGACCCAGUUGGGAGAGAACAGUUCCUUAAAUUUCUAGAGUCAGAAUUCAGCUCAGAAAAUUUAAGAUUCUGGCUGGCAGUAGAGGACCUGAAAAAAAGGCCUAUUAAAGAAGUGCCCUCAAGAGUUCAGGAAAUAUGGCAAGAAUUUCUGGCUCCCGGAGCCCCCAGUGCCAUUAACUUGGAUUCAAAGAGUUAUGACAAAACCACACAGAACGUGAAGGAACCUGGACGAUACACGUUUGAAGAUGCUCAGGAGCACAUUUACAAACUGAUGAAAAGUGAUUCAUACCCACGUUUUAUAAGAUCCAGUGCCUAUCAGGAGCUUCUACAGGCAAAGAAAAAGGGGAAAUCUCUCACGUCAAAGAGGUUAACAAGCCUUGUUCAGUCUUACUAAACGGAUCAUCUUGUAGCAUGGAUGCAGAAUGGAAUCAUUGCACAUACUUUGUAGCUCGCUGUUGUGACCUGGAGCAGAGGACAUUAGACCAAGAUGUUGCAUGAGCAAAGGACCUAAAUUGUUAUUUUUGUGUGUACGUUCCAUUUCCAGUGGACUCUACCAUCUCGAUGCCUCCAUUCCAAACCGUUGUCUGCUUUCUUCCUCCUUCUACUAUGCUGGAUCUGUGUCUUUUUCCUUUUUAACAAGUUCAAGUGAAGUAAAACCUUUUCUUUUUUCCUUCCCUCUCUCUCUCUCACUCUCUCUCUCUCUCAAAGCUUCUGCUAGACACACAGUUCACUGAAAAUUCAGUCAGUCACAAACUGGAAGAAUUGUAAAAGAAAAAAAGCAUUUAUCAAUAAGUAUACAUAUGGCUUCUCAUUUAUUAAACAAUAAAUUAGCACAGAAAGUUUCAUUUCACCAGUGUAUCCACAGUCAGAAACACACUCAUGUCUUUGUCUGUUGUCUGUACAUUCUCUGUUAAUGUUUCUUGCAUUUAUUUUUAUACCAUAUUUAAAGAGGAAACACCUUUUACUCCAAAUGUAUUAAAGUUGAUCCUUUCUCUGUAAAUUUGUGUAUGUUUAUAUUGUUGUUUUAUCUUUCAUUAAAAGAUGCAGAAUCUCA